AGAGGAACCGAGUGACGUCACACCCCCGGAAGCUGUCUCCAUUCAUUCUACCGGUUUCUUUUAAGUUGAAACGCACCCGAUGGUAGCGCUCUCUUCCGGACGCACGAGAGAUGUUGCUGUUGGUGCUCGGUGCCCUCCUCCUGCUCUUCUGCACUCUGGAUGUAUGGUACUUCCUACGAGGGGCCUAUGUGUUCGCCCAGGCGUGGUUCCAACCCAGAGUACGGGACAUGCUGGCCGAGCAAAGUAUCGACGGCACCGUCCUUCCCCAUGAUUUGGACUACAUGGGCCACAUGAACAACUCCCGAUAUCUAAGGGAGUGUGACUUUGCCCGCUUUCACCAUUACAUGCGAAACGGGCUGUUCAUGGCCUCUUGGAAACUGGGGGCCAGAUUGGUGGUUGGGGCAUCCACCAUCCGGUACCGGCGCUCACUGGCCUUCCGAGAGGCUUUUGAGAUUCGGACCAAAAUUGUGGGAUGGGAUGAGAAGGCGUUCUACAUCGAGCAACGCUUCGUGUCCAAGAAAGAUGGUUUUGUGUCCGCGGUGAUGCUGUGCAGGCAGAAUGUGGUGCACUGCAGCCCGGAAAGCAUUCUUGAGUUUGUCUGCAAAAGGAAGAUCGACUGCCCGGACUUUCCCGAAGACCUCAAACACUGGAUCAGCUUCAUCUCAGCCAGCAGCCAGGCUCUGAGAGCAGAGAGCGGACUGGAGGAGAAGAACAAGUGAAGCCUCGCACCAUGACACCCUGAAUCUUGAGUGUAGGUCCACAUAUAAUUUUCAUUGCACACACAUAUACAGUAUACAUCCAUGCACACAAACAGUUAACGCCGUAGUGUUUUUAGUUGACUUAAAGAUUCCAUUUAUCUGUUUCUGAGUUGAUCCUUUCUUCUGUGUGUUUGCGUUUUGAUGUGAACAGAAAUACUGAACUUACAUGUAUGAAACUUAAACUAUAAAGGUAUUUCGCAUUUUAAAAUGUAUGUGCAUUGGGAUCAUAUUGAAAGUUCUCUCAGCAUAAAGUGACACAAGAAAGUAGCUUUAUCCUUGUGGCUUAGUGACUGGCUUUAGACAUUGUCGUUUUCAUUUUAGCAAAAUAACUUUAGAUAAGCAUGUAGAGUAAAAGUUAUUCUUCCACUGACAUGAAUGCAUGUUCUAAAGCAAACAGAAGAUUUUAUUUGUGCCUGUUGCUCUUGAUUAGCCAUAGUUUACAGCUAUAAUUGCAAAAAAUUAUAACUUACAAAAAAAGGUGUCAUAAAAUAUCGAAUGGACACCAUGUACUAUAAAUUGUUUUAACAUUGCCAUCAGCAUUUUGCACAGAGUAACCCAGGAAAUAGACAAAAGUAAUUCCUGUUAACAAUCUGAAAGAGAUAAUUUGAUCGUUUUGAUCAAUACAGUGUUGAUCUUUUACACACUGUAUAAUAGAUGCAUAUAAAGGGUGGGCUUUGUGAUUGGAAUUGUGUGUAACUUUAGGAGGAAGUGCCCAUAUUCAAAUUACACAAUAAACAAAUGGUAACUUGAGGUUGCUGGCAACUUUUCAAAACCUCCAACGCGUUGUGAACACUGAUGUGGGAUCAUGCUUGACAUUUAUUUAAUCUAAAAACCUUCCCUUUUAAUGCAUUCAAGCUUUAUUUUGUGACUAAAGUAAUGUAUUGCUCCGAAUGAAGAGACAUUCAAAUGAAUUGUUUAAGAUGUAUGCAGCCUGUUAUGUAUGUUGUUCAUACACUGAAAAUCCUGCUUCAUUUAUUGAAGUCUGAAGAUAAUCCCUCUCCCUUUUUUCCCACAUAUUAUUUAUGAUAUAUUGAAAUUAGUUAAUGUACCGAACCUUAUUUAUUGUGUUGAUUAUUUAAAGGAAUUUUGAAUUAAAUGCGUUUAAAAGUGAA